CAGCAAAGCUUAGCUGCUUCCACUUACACUGUUAAUCGUAAAAGGGCUUGUUUUCUUCCCUCAUCACCUACCUCCGAAAACCCUAAUUUCUCAUUACCCAAUGCCCAAAACCCGAACCCAGAAAAGAAAAAGCGUUGAAACCCUAAACACAGAAUCCUUUCUUUUUCUUCGCUGGAAGAUGCUGCACCCAGUUUGUAGCCUAUCAAUGUGGUUUCACUUCGGGGUUUAGCCCUUUUUCCAUUUCUUUGUCUCUAAUCAGCACUGCUUAAACCAGGCAUAUCGGUGUUGGUGAAAUGGCAUCUGAUCUGAACAAAACUCUGUCUAAAACAUACAUGGGUUUGCAGCUGUGGGUACUUAUUGUAAUUUGCUUAGGAGUGGCUUUUUUAGUUAUUCUUGGCAUAUCUCUAUGGCUUAGCUUUCGAAAGAAAACCAAAACGGGUAAUGAUUUGCUUCUCGUAAGGCGAGCGCCUUAUGUUUCGGAGGAGAUUAAGGAGAUAAGAGUUGAUCAAGCUUCGGCGAACAGCAGUGGAAUGAACACACUCGAUGCUAAAUUCAGUGACAGGGAUUCGGAGAAGGUUUUGUUUAAUGCCGAGAACGGAGAUGAGAGUGGCCAGUCUGGUUCGUUUAAUCAUUUGGGGAAUGAUGUUAAAGGAUCUCAACCGGCAGAAGAGAGAGGCAUGGGGGCGGUUUCCACUUUCAGGCCUUCUUCGCAUCCGUUAACUGCUCCUUCACCUUUGUCAGGCCUACCCGAAUUUUCACAUGUGGGUUGGGGUCAUUGGUUCACUCUUAGAGACCUACAGCUCGCAACUAACCGGUUUUCAAAGGAUAAUAUUAUCGGUGAUGGUGGGUACGGAGUUGUUUAUAGGGGCAAUCUGAUUAACGGGACCCCUGUAGCUGUCAAAAAGCUUCUUAACAAUCCGGGGCAAGCUGACAAGGAUUUCAGAGUGGAAGUUGAAGCCAUUGGUCAUGUGCGGCAUAAAAACUUGGUUCGACUUCUUGGGUACUGCAUCGAGGGAACUCAAAGGAUGUUGGUUUAUGAAUAUGUCAACAAUGGCAAUUUGGAGCAAUGGCUUCGUGGAGAUAUGUCUCAGAAAGGAUAUCUUACUUGGGAAGCUCGUAUAAAGAUUCUUCUUGGUACAGCCAAGGCGUUGGCUUAUCUGCAUGAAGCUAUUGAACCGAAAGUUGUGCAUAGAGACAUAAAAUCAAGUAAUAUAUUAAUUGAUGAAAACUAUGAUUCUAAGAUAUCUGAUUUUGGUCUAGCCAAAUUGCUAGGCGACGGGAAAAGUUAUGUCAUGACAAGAGUUAUGGGUACCUUUGGUUAUGUUGCUCCGGAAUAUGCCAACUCCGGCCUCCUGAACGAGAAGAGUGAUGUUUAUAGCUUUGGUGUAGUGCUCUUAGAAGCUAUUACUGGAAGAUACCCCAUAGAUUACGGUCGCCCUCAGCCUGAGGUAAAUAUGAUCGAGUGGCUAAAGAUAAUGGUUCAACAAUUCCGCUCGGAGGAAGUAGUUGACCCUAACAUAGAGGCUAGACCAUCGACCAGUGCUCUUAAAAGGGCUCUUUUAACUGCUUUGAGAUGUGUCGAUCCCGAUGCUGAUAAAAGACCAAAGAUGAGUCAGGUUGCUCGGAUGCUUGAAUCGGAGGAGUAUCCAGUUCCUCGGGAGGAUAGAAGGCGCAGAAGGAAUCAGACAGCGAACACAGAACCAAGAAACUCAGACGCUGAUAGGAGUGACAAUCCGGAUUCAAGGUCGGACAACAGAAUGUACCACAACCCCACCUAGACUUGGAAUGCCGUAUGAGAGACGAGGCAAGCGAGGGAUUUUUCCCCUUUUUAAAUUAUUAUGGAAAUUCGAUUUACGUAUCUACUUGUAGAUUGUAGUGAAGAUUAGAUUAUUUUCCAUAAAUGGCAUUGUUCAGUCAUGAGAUUUUAUGUACAGGGUCUAUCAUAUGGAUUCAAUAUAAA